GAAAAUGACCACUUCUUCUCUUCAAUCCCCAAUAGCCAAAAAGCUAGAAGGCAAGGUAGCAAUUAUAACUGGUGGAGCUAGUGGUAUAGGAGCAGCCACAGCUAGACUUUUUGUUCAACAUGGUGCAAAAGUUACAAUUGCGGAUAUUCAAAAUGAUCUCGGAAAUUCAUUAGUAAAACAAAUUGGCACAGAACACAUAACAUUUGUCCAUUGUAAUGUCACGAUUGAAUCAGAUGUUCAAAACGCAGUAGAUGCAACAAUUGCCAAAUUUGGUAAGCUUGACAUAAUGUUCAGUAACGCUGGUGUAUUAGGUAAGCCAAUUUCAAGCAUUCUAGAUGUUGAUUAUGAUACAAUUAAGGAUGUGUUCGAUGUAAAUGUUGUUGGUGCAUUUUUUUGUGCGAAACAUGAUGCUAGAGUGAUGAUCCCAAAUAAGAAAGGUGUCAUUCUUUUCACGGCAAGUGCUUCGACUGUGGUAUAUGGUACUGGUGUCUCACACACCUCUACAUCCUCAAAAAAUGCAGUUUUAGGGCUCUCAAAGAAUCUUGGAGUCGAAUUAGGAAAAUAUGGAAUAAGAGUUAAUUGUGUUUCUCCUUAUUGCAUUAGCACACCGUUGAUGCUAAAUGGAUUUGGAAUAGAUAAACAAAAGGCAGACAAAUGGUUUGAAGAAGGAGGAAAUUUGAAAGGAGCUUCAUUGGAUGAACAAGAUGUAGCAAAUGGAGUGUUGUACUUGGCAAGUGAUGAUUCCAAAUAUAUGAGUGGACAUAAUCUCAUACUUGAUGGUGGAUUUAAUACCACAAAUGUGGCUUUAACAAAGGCCUACAAGAAGUUGUUUCCAUCAAAUGAUUGAUCAUCACAUCAUUCUAAUAUCCAAUAUGCAUAUAUAUUAUGAACUAUAUCAAUAAUAAA